AUGCUUGCCAGAAUGCUUGCCAUGGUCAAACCAUAUCCUGCAGCUUGCAACGAAUCAUCUGCUUGUACGGCCAAGACCGUCAUCACUUGUCCCUGCGGCCACCGUCACCAAGAAGUUAAGUGCCUUGCUAGCAGCUCUAAUCCCACGCCAUCUCGACCUGAGCUCAAAUGUGACGAUGAAUGUCUCCGCCUAGAGCGAAACAAGCGUCUUGCCGCGGCGCUUAACAUUGAUCCCACGUCUCAUACAAACGACCACGUCCCGUACUCGGAUACCACUCUCCGGCUCUUCAAGGAGAACUUGGCCUGGGCAGAGACCCAGGAGCGCGAAUUCCGCGUAUUCUCCAAGAGCCCCAGCGAGGCACGGUUAAGAUACAAACCGAUGCCUAAUCACCAACGACAGUUCCUACAUGUCUUGGCGGAAGACUACGGGCUAGAGAGCAAAAGCGAGGACAUCGAGCCCUAUCGUUACGUUGUCGUCUGGAAGGGCUCCAAGUUCGUCUCGGCCCCAACCAAAACCCUCGCGCAGUGCGUCAAGAUCCGAGAGACUCAGGCAGCAGAAGCUGCCGCCGCAGCAGCCGCCAACUCUCGAGCUCCUACUCCACCGCCCGCCAUCAUAACCGAGCCGUUCAACGCUUUCCUCCUCACGUCUCCUCGAUUCGGACUCACCCUCGACGACGUUGAAUCCGCUCUCAAAGCCGACCUAGCAAGCCAGUCGUCAGCCUUCAACUUCACCACAACCUUUCUGCCUUCAGACGAGAUCCUCAUCCGCGCCUCAGCGCACUACUCCUCCUUCCUGACGCCCACCGCCGUCGAGCAGGCCCUUCAGACCAUGAAGCCCCGCCUCGACAGCACCAUCAAGCGCCUCGACGUCGCGGGCAACAUCCUGCUCUGCCACGUCGACGCCAACGAGCAAAUCUCUCGCAGGGAAGAUAUCAGCAGGAAUGACGCCUCCGGGUGGAGCGCCGUCGCCGGCCGCGCCGCUGCCAAGAGGGACGACGAGAAGACGGAGAUGCCUGCUGCCUCUGCGAGUGGCAGCUCUGGAAAACGACUGCUGCUCGGGCUGAAGAAGAAGAAGGUGGAGAUGAAGAGGGAGAAGUCUUGGACGGAGCAGCUUGGUGGAGAUGUUGAAUGCUGA